AUGAAUAAAGCUGUAUCAACUAUUUUAAACAAGAUUCUAGGAAAUUAUGUUGAGGAUCUAAACUCUAAGCAGCUCAGUCUUUCAAUUCUAAAAGGAGAGCUCGAGCUUGACAAAGUUAAGCUUCGACGUGAUAUUUUCAAUGAUAUCGGGUAUCCAUUUAAUCUUAAAUAUGGAUACAUAGAACAUCUAAGCAUCAGAAUUCCUUGGACAUCUUUAGCUUCGAGUCCAAUACAAAUAGUUAUUACUGGAAUUUUUGCACUUAUUACACCUUUGGAUUCAUCGGAAUGGAACGAAGAUACUGAAAGAAUAAAUCAAGAUAAGAACAAAUUUAAGCAGCUUGAGGAUUUUGAGACCUCAAUUGCUACGCAAAUUUCAAUAAAUAAAAUUCCUAAUUUCGUGCAAAGGCUGGUAGGGAAAAUCGUAGAUAAUAUCCAAAUAAAUAUAAGCUCCAUUUAUAUCAAAUAUGAAGAUUCUAUAACAAGUAAUGAGAGCUAUUCUAUGGGAUUUUUACUGAAAGAGCUAUCUGUGCAUACAACAAGCAAGACUGGAAAGUUGGAAUUUACUUCUUAUAAAGAUAGCUCUCACAAAUUAAUUCUUCUGGAUAAUGCUUGCUUUUUUGUGGAUUAUGGGAAUGAAAACGUCAUCACUAAUAGACUAGAAGAUUUUGAAUUAAUUGCAAAGCUGGAAAUGGAAAUACCCCAAAAGCAUAGAUUUUUACUUACUCCCCGUGAACAAAAAACUUUUGUUCACUCACGGAGGGGGUUAAUUUUUUUUUUUUAAAAAUUUAUAUAUAAAUUUUUUAAAAAAUUCUCACUUCUAUAAAAAUUGGAAAGCAAAUAUUAAUUUAAUUUGUAAAAUUUAUGUUUUUUAAAACGCAAUUUGUUUAAAAAUUAAACAGAAUUAGCUCGAGAUUUCAUUAUACUAAUUAUCACUUAUAUAUCAAUUUUUUUCCAUAAAAAAAUUUUUGCAUUAAAAAAAUUUUUGUUCACUCACAGAGGGUGGAUUUUUGUGCAAAAAAUAGGGAUUUUUCUAAUGGUUUUGUUCACUCACGGAGGGGGAGUUAGACCUAUAAGUUUUAGGGUCACUCUUGAUAUCAAUAAAAAUAAUAAGCGUUUAGAUGCACCUCAAAUUAAUGCAAACUUAAUCUGUGGAGGAAUAGGGGUUGCUCUUGAAGCCAAACAGCUGACUCACUGCUUGAAGCUGAUGGAAUUUUUAAGAGUCUUUGAUAACUGGCAAAAAGGGAUUGAAAUUCAUAGGCAGGAAUUUGACUUUACAUACUCUGAAGAGUUAAUGUAUAGAUUGGCUUAUAAAAAAUGAAGAAUACAUCAAACCGAUGAGCUCAGAAGAAAUUUAGAUGAAUUCGAAAAAGGCCAUAGUUUGGAAGCGAUAUUAAACAGUAGAAAAGCUGCAUCUCGAGAAUUUGAUGAACAGUGAGCAGAAAAAGCAGCAAAAGAAAAAGUGUCUGAUAAAGGAACUUUGUCAGCAAUUAAAGAUUUUUUCACUGGUGAAAAAGAAGAGGAUAACCUAGAUGAAGAAAACAAGCUUGUUGACAAAAUGCUUAGCGAAAAAAACCAGCUUUCUACAGAAAUAGAGACAUUCGUAAUGGAUUCUGAUAUUUUUCAUGAUAUGCCAGAUGAUUUUAUAAGAUUCAAAUUUUCAGCUCAUGUGAAUAUAAUUCUUUUUUCUCUUCGAGAUGAAGAAAGCGAAUUGACUCUCUAUACAAUGAUGCACCCUAGUAUAGAAAUAGGGAUAAGACCUCUUACAAAAUUUCUUAAAGCUAAAAUUGAAAGUUUAUCACUCGAGGAUCGAUAUUUAAACAGUGAGCAUUUUCAAAAUAUUUUAAUUGGCGAAUCUUUAUUAUUAGAGUUUGAUCAAUUUCCUUCUGUGAGGCUUAAAAUUGAUAUAAAACUCCUUCAAUUUUGUGUGAAUUUUGAAACUUUACUUAAAAUCGCAGAUGAAUUUAAAACUAAAACAGGAAGUGAAAUAGACUUCAGUCCUUAUAUGAAAACUAUUGAAACAAAAACCCAAGAAUUAGCUGAACAAGGGGAAAAAUACGUACAAGAUUUAUUAAAAACAAAAGUCCCGACUCCAAUAAUUUUAGAUAUUUCCAUUAAAGCCCCGAUAUUCUUUAUUCCAAUGAACCCUAGAAAUAUAUAUAAUUUUAGAGAGAUGGGAAACACAACUUUUGGAAGGGUCUAGUGAGCCACCGGAAGAUGGCUAUAUGAAUUUUAAAAGAAUUCUUAUCUACUAGGGUCCCUUAUCUCUUCAUAAAUACAAAUCCUCUGUAAUUGUCGAUUGUGCUGUAAUUUUUAGCACUAUAUCUUCUAAGGCUUCUGCUAUAUCUGUUUUUAUAUCUGCAAUAUCGAGUAUAGCCGGUAGCGGGCUAUAUGAGACAAUCAAAUUGGUCUGUAGAAAUUUUAUUGUAAUAACUCACAAAUCUGUUGAGUUUCAAAUCAGCUUGAGGGCUCAUAUUUAAUUUUAUAAGCACCCAUCAAAGGAUUCAUUUUUAAAUUUAUGGCAAAGCCUCCUUUUUGCUAACGGAAAAUAUUUUCCCCUUUUGACAAAUUUUUUAAGAGGGCCAAGUUUAACUCCUUAUAAAUAUGAACUUGAAACCAAUGCCAUAAAUGCAGGAGCAAAAUGGUGUCCACAGAUCCAGUAGAUGUUCUCACGAAGUUUCCUGUCAGCCUUGUAAAAAAGGAGUAUUCUCUUCGGCGUUGCUUUACCUUUAUUUACUAGAAGGGGAAUAUGAUAAUGGUUCUCAUACUCACAGAUUUUUGGUUACACUAUCAUUGACCGUUCAUCUUGAAUUAAUACAGCCAAAUCUCAGUUUCAUCAAUCAAAAGCUCAAACUAGACUCUCUUGAGCCAAACAGGACGGUUCUUAGUGAAGAUCGCUCCAUUAUCUUUCAAGCCACCCUGCUCUCAUUUUCAGAGUUUGCUACCCACAGCCAUUCCACCCAGAGUGCAUCAACAACUCAGAUGAGAUCUGUACAAAUUGUAGAGCCACGCAUUCAAGCUUAGAACAAAUCUAAGUCACAGAGAAAGGAUCCUUAAUGAAGAGAUAAGGGACCCAUAAGUAAAUAAGAUCUCUUUUAAGAAUUAUAUGGCCAUAUUCCGAGGCUAACAAACCCUUCCAAAAGUGGUGUUUCCUGUCUCUCUAAAACUGCAUAGACGAAGGAAUGAUAGUGAUUGACAUGGGGUAUUUAAAAGGCGCAACCUCAGAAGAAAAAAUUUCUAAUUAUGACUUUGAUAAAUACUUAAUUGCGUUAGAAAAUAUAGAAAUUUUCAUGGUUUGAAACACAGAUAAUCUCGAUAACUGGCGAAAAGGGAAAAUCAAAGCUAUUUUGCCAUCAGUUGAAUUUAAUAUAUUUAUAUAUGUUUGUCAUGUAUACCAACGAGAUGUCCCUGGUUAUAUACUUGCAAUUCAUGCUGGAUUAGUUUCAUUUAUUCUUGAGCAAGCAGUAUUGAAAUGAAUUCUCAGAUUAUUAGCUAAAAUAACAGAAAAAACUCCACCAGGUCCUGAUAUAAAAAAAAUUGAAGAGGUAAAGGAAAAAGAAGAACAAAAAGAGAAAGGCAAGCCAGUUCAACAAACUGAAGCCAUUAAAGAUAAACUGAAAAGAAUCGAAGAUUCUGCUAGCCUACAAGUCUCAGUUGAGUUUGAAGAGAUUUCAUUAAAAUUGAUAAAAGAUGAAAUAGAUUUGGUGUCUUCUAUAGUCUCUAGAACUAAAAUAGAAUUUAUUUUCGGCUCACAAGGAGAUAUUGAUUUCGAUUUUCAGCUAAAAUUUGUAGAGAUUAAAGAUUUAAGGCCAAACGUGAAGCUUAGAUAUGCCAUUAUCAAUCCUUUACUUUUUGAUCGAAGCGUAGAUUUAGACAGCAACAUUACAUUUUUCGCAGUAAAGUUCAAAUUUAAACCAAGAGAUGACUUAAUCGAGCUUGAUGUAAACAUAAGUGGAAUAAGGCUGAUGCCCUCCACAGAUUUUAUAUCUGAAAUUAUUCAGUUUUUUACUGUCCCAAUCCAAGAUAAUUUUCCAAAAACAGAAGAAAAAUAUGAUUAUCAAGAAAAAGAAAAAACAAUGGAGAAGCCUCCAGUUUCUAAAUAUACAACGAAAUCAAUAAUAAAAAUAUCAAUAAAUCUUCAUAGGUUUGAGUUGCUGAUACCGCUUGAUAUUUAUGAUAUAUCUAAGCGUAUUGGAUGCUUUAGGUUCGGAGUUUCAAUAAUAUAUAGCUCAUGCCAAGAAUACACAAGGAUAUUUGAUAUAGAGGUUUCCUCUAUAUAGCGCUAAAAGCGCAGACAUUUUCCCAGGAGCUUUCCAAGUUCGUCGGACCAAAUCGCUUUUUGGUCCGACCAAGGCAUUGAUUUGGUGCAACCUACCGAUAAAUUCCGAUCAGAAUUUAUCGGCCUUACAGCGCCAAACAUAGGAAACUUCUAUAAAUUCCGUGCAGAACUCUCAAAAGAAAUACUACAUGCUAAUGAUGAAGGUUCAAUAGAAAUAACAGGAAUUAGUAUAUUUAUUGGGCUAGUGAAAAACAACUUGGUACACCAUACUAGUGAAAAUGCAAAAGAUAUAAUAAGUCCUAGCAGAUUAAGCUUGGUUUAUCAAUUUAUUAAAACUGAUAAUAGUGAGGCUGCCAUGACUUUUUAUUUAAAUAUAGAAAGCUUUUGUAUUGAUAUUGGAUUUAGGGAUAUAUUUUUUGGAAAAUUGUUGGUUGAUUUGUGAUUGAUGCUUGACACUGGAGUUCCAAAGGAAGAGAAAAAAAGCCAAAAACCUGAGCCAGAAUCUGAAAACCAGCAAGAAGAUUGAAUUCAGAAAGCAUCAAAAAUAGCUCCAAUUAUUAAAUUUUAUAUAGAAAGCGAUGCUUUUCAACUAACCUUAAUAGAUGAUACCACAAAUAAUGCUUACCCUUUGCUUUAUUUUCAUAUGAGCAACUUUUCAAUUUUUGCAUUUUUAGAAAAUUUUGCAAUGAAUUCUGGAUUUUCAAGCUUUUUGUUCAUAGAUUACUAUAACUUGCAGCUAGCUUCGUGAGAACCAUUGAUGGAAGAAUGAAAUUUUCAAUUAACUGGGGAACAAAGCAAUUCAAGCUCGGUCAUGAUUUUAAAAUUUGAAUCUUCACAAAUUCUUAAUGUCAAUUUUACUAUCGCACUGUUGGACAUUGUAAAGAUUCUAAUGUCACACUCAGAUAGCUCACAAUGGAGAGAAGAAAAAGCUGCAGAAAUUUUUGUGACUGAAGAAAAACUAGCACAUGGACAUUAUUCGUAUGAAAUUCAUAAUGAAUUAGGAAAAAAUAUCCAAAUAUGACUUGACACACCAAGCGAAAAUGAAGAAGUAUGGACUUUAAACUCGCAAGAGCAUCUAACUUCCCACCUCCUUAAGUAAUAAAAAAAAUUUGAUUCGCUCAUGGAUAAGGGCUAAUUUUUAUCUUAAAAAAAUUAUAUUAAAUUUUAUAGUAAUUUUUUUUCGAAAUUUAAUUAAUGAAUUUGUAAAAUUUACUUUUAAAAUGCAAGCUAUUUAAAUUUAACAGAUUUAGCUAGAGAUUUCAUUAUAUUGAUUAUUACUUAGAUCAAUACAUUUUCAUAAAAAAUUUUUGUUUACUCAUGGAGAAUGGGCUUUUGGCCAAAAAUAUGAAUUUUUCCAAUGGUUUUGUUCACUCACGGAGGGGGAGCAAGUUUUGAACAAAAUUUAGUUAAAAAAAUGGUAGCCCAAUCAAGACCAAAAGGAGCUAAACUUGGGCUCCUAGAUUUUGGUACACCUUCAACAAUUUCUGUAAAAAUGGAUAACGAUAAUAUUUACCGAGGAAUUUUGAUUGAAUCUGCUGGGGUAUCAGGAUACAAAUUUAAGAAAAAUAAUGUCGAAUUUAUUAUAGAUAUUGCUUUAAGUGAUGAUAAAAAAAUUAUAAAAUGCCAAUCAGAAGUGCUAAUUGCCAAUGAAACUAAAGAAAGCAUUAAAAUUAAUCUCGAUGAUGAAUAUAUAACUAUUGAAGGAGAAUCAGCUUUCCCAUUACCUUUAACUUGAUUUGAAAGCGAUAAGAAGCCAAGUAUAUGCGGACUAGAUGAAAAGAUUUGAAUAUUUGAAGAAGGAUCAUUGAAAAUUGGAGAAAAUAAAUGAAUUGUAGUGAAAUCAGAUUUCUAUAAAACGAACACCCAUAUAAAGCAAAAGAUAAUUAAUAUUAAAUAUCCUUUUACUUUUCGGAAUCUUCUUGCAUGCCCUGUUGAGGUAUACUUAAAUAGCUCAGCUGAUCCUAUUUACAUUUUACCUAUAGGAGAAGAUUUCUCAACACUUAAGCUAGACCCAAGAAAUCCAAGCCACUCCUAUAAAUUUUUGCUAAAUGCUGAAAACGAAAAACAUUUGGAAACUAAUUGAUUUUCUUUAAGCCAGACAUCAGCAAAAACUCACACUGAUUUAAGAGGAAAUUAUAUUGGCAAUACCCUUUCUAUAGAAACAACUGACUUUUUAUAUACCCCUUGGGAAAACUUUCAUUUGUCACCAAGAAAAAUAUCUAAAAGAGAAAAUGAAAAGGCAGCCCCAUUGAAUGCCAAAUUGGUUGAAAUUUAUAGCAAAUAUUUGCUAGUAAAUAAGACUGACUUUGCGCUUGACCUUGGGUACUCAAAAAUAGUGUUGCCUCCGCAUUCGAAUGGAUUUAUGAAAUAUGGAAAAAAAUUAAAAGUUAGGAUUGCCAGAACUGAUACAACGAGGCCAAGCUCAUGGUCUAAUAAAUUCAGCAUAAAUGCAAUAGGCAUAUCAGGCGUUAUAGAACUAAAUAAUUGAAAAUUAAGCCAAGACGAGCCUGAUACCAUUAUAAUUGGGGUAAGCAUAAUAGAUGGCCCUUCUCCUCUUUUCAAAUCAAAAAUUAUUUACUUUUGUCCACGCUUCAUAAUAUCAAAUCAUUUAGGCUACGAUGUCUUUAUAAGACAAAGACAUAAAAGAGCUGGACAAACAAUUCAGGAAAUAAUUUAUGGCAGCUCAAUCCCUUACCAACUCGAAUCAGCAAAAUUAUCCCGCUUAAUUCAAGUUUCUCGUGAUAAAUCAGCAUGGUCUUCUCCUUUUAAUGGGCCAUCAGGAAAAAAUCUCGGGUAGGUUUUUUCAUGCUGCCUUUUUCUGUAUUUUUUACGGAGGGCUCUUUCCUGAUUUUUUUCUUGGAAAAAACCCAACGGUUUUUCAAAAAGUAUACAGUAAAAACUACCUUUGUUUUUUCUCGAGUUUUUAUAGGAAAAAAAAAUCUUUUUUUGAAAAGUAAUUUAUCCGGAUCUAAUAUUUUAGCUGAUAUUUAGCCUGAAGAUCUAAUUUAUAAAGACUUGCCCCAAUCUUAAUUCUAAACCCCUAAAAUGUAAGAAAAUGAAGAAAGAAAUUGCAGUAUAUCUUAACCUUUAUAUUUUUUUUUCACCUCAAAUUUUUUUAUCCAAAAACUAGGUAUAUUUAUAGAAGCCUAAAUUUUUAAAUUAUUAGUUGUUUAGAGUUUUCUAAUUAUUGCUGAUAUAUGAGAUUUUCUAUUUUUAUUCGGGUUUUUUCUUACGAUUUUUUGGAUAAAAAAAAUUGACAGUGAAAAAAUAUAUUGGUUGAGAUACAAUGCAAUUGCUUCUUCAUUUUCUUACAUUUUUAGGGUUUAGAAUUAAGAUUACAGUAAGUCUUUAUAAAUUAGAUCUUAAGGCCAAAUCUUCAGCUGAAAUAAUUAGAUCCAGAUAAAUUACUUUUCAAAAAAAAAAAAUUUUUCCUGGAAAAAAUCGAGGAAAAGGAGGUAAUUAUUUUUUUCUGGUAAACUAUAGGGUUUUUUUCCUAGAAAAAAAAAUAGGAGCCCUCCGUCAAAAAUGACGGUAAAAAGGCAGCAGAAAAAACCCUACUUUUUUCGGUACAACCACCUUUUAACCUUGAAAGGAUCGACGAUUUUCAAAUAAAAUUGCCUUCGAAUGAAGAAACAAGCGCAGCGGAUCAUUGAUUUGAGCCGAGCCAUAACAACUGCUACAUGAAUUUUAUAAGAGUGGUUAUAUCAUCUGAUGAUGAAGCCUGCAUUUCUAUUUCUUUGUUGCCCCCAAAAGAUCCAGAAUUUAGGAUCCGAAAUUAUACUGAUAAAGAAAUCAUCGUAAAUCAGCCAAAAUUUCCUACCUAUUUGGUGCCCCCUGGAGCAAUGAUUCCCUGGGCUUUUGACGAUAUUCAUGGAAAACGGAAAAUAAUGAUAGAAUAUAAUGACUUAAAAGAGUCUUAUUUUAUAGACAAAAUUGAACAAAUGAAAGAUUUAGGAGAUUGUAAAGUAGAAGUUGUAGCAAUCGGAGUUACAAGGGAAUUAAAAAUUUCUCCAGCUAAUGUUAAUAUUGUUAGGCUGGAUACCUUUUUUGACUCUAAAAAGAAAGGCUUUAAACUUCUCAUAAAUUUUACUGGAUUUGGCAUGUCUAUAAUUGAUAACGAGCCUAAAGAAUUUUUAUAUAUAAGCUUAAAAGACAUGUUUGGGAAAAUAUCAAUGACAAAAAAAUUAGUAAAAGAUGAAGCAAAAAAUUUCACGAAAUUUUAUUUUGAGCUUGGAGAAUUUCAGAUAGAUAAUAUGAAAAAUACCCACAAGCAGUUUCCAGUUAUCUUCAACUCGACUAUAAAAGCAGAAAAAUACCCUUUUAUGCAGCUCAAACUAAAUAAAAUAAACUCGACAAAGCAAAUAAGCGAAAUCAUAAAUGUUGUGAAAUCAAUAGAUAACUACUCUUGAAUAGAAAUUACAUUACAGGAAAUGGAGACUCAUGUUAAUUUAGAAACUAUUACAGAUCUAGCCAAUUUUAUUGGGAAAAUUCAAUCAGCUUUAGCAAGCCCUAUUAAAAAAGGAGCUGAAAAAGAUUCUUUGAAAGACGCCAUAGGUGCCCUUGACUAUUCCACUCCUGUUUUUAAUUAUGAAGAAUCAAAUUUAACCAACAAAGCUUAUUUUCAAUAUUUAAGACUCCAUCCUAUAAGAAUCUUGAUCUCAUUUAGGGCUUCCAAACAAAAGGUGGAGGUUUCAAACGACCCAAAGAUGGGAUUUGGUCUAUUCAGAGCUUUUGCAAGUGUAGGUAGUGCCUUUAUUAAUUUUUCAAAUUCCCCAUUUCGCUUUAGUGAGCUUCUCAUCCAUCACAGCUUUCAAAGUCCUCAAGAAAUUGGCAAACAAAUUACCAAAUUUUACACCCGUGAAGGAAUCUCACAAUUUUAUAAGAUUUUAGGCUCUGUUGACCUAUUAGGAAACCCUAUAGAGUUUAUUGACACUCUUGGAAAAGGGGUCACUGAUUUCUUUGUUGAGCCCUCCAAAAAGGUGAUGAAAGGCCCAAAAUCAUUUUCUCGAGGCGUUGGAAAAGGCGUCAGGUCACUUGUAGGGAAUACCAUAUCUGGGAGUUUUGGAGGUGUAAAUAGGAUAACUGGCAGUUUGUAUGGAAUUGUAAGGGAAAUGACUGGAGAUCAAUAUGGGAGCUCAAGAAUUGAAAAUGAAGGAAAAGUGCUAGGAAGCUUGUAUAAAGGUAUGAAAGGGUCUGUACAAGAUUUAUCUGAAGGAAUUACUGGGGUUGUGGUAAAACCUUAUAGGGGGGCUAAAAAGAAAGGUGCUGGAGGAUGCUUUAAAGGAUUCGGGUCAGGUCUCGUUAGUUUAGCUUGCUCACCUGUAUCAGCAGCUUUGAGAUUAGGAACUGGGAUUACAGGUUGUGCAGCAAAUGCUGGGACAGUUAUAGCGAAAGGGCGUACAACUGCAGCAAAACGUGUUAGGUUUCCAAGAUACUUUGGGGUUAAAAAAGUGUUAGAGCAAUAUAAUCACGAUAUCUCCAGAGCCCAAUUCUUAAUGAGUAGCUUGCCAGACUAUAGGAAAGAAAAGAUUGUGUAUUAUAGCCAUUUGAUUGACUUCGAGGACCAAAUUAUUUUGCUUACCAUGAAUGAUUUAUUGGUUUUAGUAAAUUCUGAGCUAGCACACACUCUAAGUGUAGAUGAAAUCCAAAUAUUGGAAAUACACAGUUUGAGUAAUAUAUUUGUGUUAUAUUGUGGAAAUGAAGACAAUACUGUCUCACUUAGGUCUAGAGAAUUUAGCCCAUUGGUUAAACUUUAUUCUUAUAUUUCUAACCUUAGCACGUUAAGAUCGAGCUUUAAAAGAGAACAAGAAAACGAAGUAGAGCAAUAA